AUGUUUUCUUAUACAACCCUGUUGUGCUCAUUAGUAGCCUUCGCUGCUCUGUUUCACGAUGUAUACUCUUUUUUGGAUACCAGUUCAUCAUCCACUGUUGCUGUGUAUUGGGGUCAAAACUCGGGGAAUACAGGUCAACAGCGGUUAGGGUUCUAUUGUGAUAAUCCGAACAUUGAUGUAUUCCAAAUAUCAUUCGUGACUCGGAUAUCUGGCGCUGGGGCUCUCCCCGAAGUCAACUUUGCCAACCAGGAAGCCGGAUGCACGGUCUAUCCUGGCACGAAUUUGCUCAACUGUCCCCAAAUUGGGGAGGAUAUCAAGCAAUGCCAACAGAAAGGCAAAACCAUCCUUCUUUCUAUCGGUGGAGCCACCACAUCCGAGCGCGGCUUCGCAUCAGAUGCUGCUGCUAUUGAAGCCGCGAACAAAAUGUGGGAAGUCUUCGGACCCGUUCAGGCAGAGCGCGCCGCAUACCGACCGUUCGGCGACGCCGUCAUCGACGGGUUCGACUUCAAUUUUGAGACCACAGUCACCAACAUGGUCCCCUUUGCCAAUCAGCUGCGCAGUCUAAUGGACGGAGCCGGGGGCAAGAGAUACUUCCUCACUGCAGCGCCACAGUGCGUCUUCCCCGACGUGGCCGACCAGGAAAUGCUGAACGGCGCAGUCGCCUUUGAUGCGAUCUGGGUGCAAUUUUACAACAACUUCUGCGGCGCGAAUGCGUUUGCGUUUGGCAAGGCACCGCAGGGAGCCUUCAACUUCGACUUGUGGGAUGGGUGGGCCAAGAGCCAGUCGAAGAAUAAGCAGGUCAAGGUGUUCAUUGGCCUGCCGGCGAGCGCGGGUUCAGCUAGAUCUGGCUUCGUCGCUGCUGCGCAGCUCCACGAGGUUGUGCAGUGGAGUAAGGCAUUCUCCAGCUUCGGAGGAGUGAUGCUCUGGGAUGCAAGCUCGAUAAUAUUCAGAUCCAAGCCCCAGGGGCGAAAAGAAGAAGCCUCCGCCGUCCAUCCGGUGAAGAUGGUCGAGGAGGAGACCGAGCCUGGCUCGCAGCGUGUGCAGGGGCAAGGCUGGUGGCGCCGAUCGUGGAAAGGGAGACAAAUGGAGGAUCCCGAGUCUGUUCGUAAUCAGAACUAUCGUGCCAAGUCAACGUUGGGGAUUCUCAGCGAUAAGCACACCGAUGAAGUACCAGGAACGGUACUUCUACUAUCUUCAAACCGCAAUGAACCGCUCGGGUUGAGACACCAGCCGCAACGAACAUCGGCGUCGUCUCUGCCAAACUACCCAUCGUCUCGGUCGUCCUCGCGUACGGUAGCCCCCGUACCGAAGAAGACUUCGGACGGACAGAUCGUCCUGAAUCCUCAGCCAGAUGAUUCGGUCAAUGAUCCGCUGAACUGGCCCGUAUGGCGGCGGGACGCUGCACUGCUUUCUUUAGGCUUCUACUGCUUGAUGGGAGGAGGAAUGACGCCAGUACUGGCUGCUGGGUUUAACCAAGUCGCGGAGAGUUACGGUGUUUCCACCCAAAAGGUCGCCUAUACUACCGGACUGUACAUGUUGGGACUCGGGAUUGGCUCCGUCAUCAUGUCCCCGACUGCGAUUCUAUGGGGAAAGCGACCGGUCUAUCUACUCGGGGCCACGCUUUUUGUUCUGUCGGCAGUGUGGUGUGCUCUGUCGCCCAACUACCCAAGCUUGGUGGUUGCUCGAAUUUUCCAAGGGAUCGCUGUGAGCCCUGUGGAGUGUCUUCCCUCCGCCACGAUUGCGGAGAUUUACUUUUUGCAUGAGCGUGCAUACCGUAUCGGUAUCUACACACUUCUUCUACUGGGCGGCAAGAAUUUGGUGCCGCUGGUCAGUGCUGCCAUCAUUGGCAGACUCGGUUGGGAGUGGGUGUUCUGGAUUGUCGCCAUUGUCGUUGGGUCUUGUCUUGUCUUGCUUUUCUUUUUCGUUCCCGAGACAUUCUGGGAUCGGACACCGCGUCCUCGUCGCCCGCAUAAGCGGCCCCACGUGAUACAGAGCGUCACGGAGUUGAUGUCCCAUGGUCUCCGUGGUCGGCCACCGCAUCAGCGCUUGGCGGAUGCUGUGGUCGAGGAUGAUGCAGUCUCGCCCGCGCCCAGGAAGUCUAGGAAACUGGCCCAUGUCGGCUUCGUGGAAAAUGAGGAUGAGCACAAACAUCAGUAUGAUGAGAAGGAAAGGAGAUCUGAGGACCGUGACCAAAUAGUAGCGUGCGAAGCGGCUGCAGUUGACGACCAUCCCACGGACGUGGCUCCUCUGGCAGUGACCGAGGAGACUGAUACGUCCCUUCCAGUCCCGGCACCGGCAGUCGUACGUGAGACGGCAUCGCCGAGUGUUGAUCUGGAACGUGGUCGGCAGGCCGGUCUGUCCCGGACCCGGAGUGAGUCGCUGGAUCCCGUGGGACCGCUUCUCCCAGCGCAGCAGUAUACCAACCGUCUCCGAGAGAAGCCUCAGGUCCCGUUCACGCACUACCUCCGACCGUGGAACGGACGCAUUUCACAUGAUAAGUGGUGGCGAGUCGCGGUUCGACCUUUUAUUCUAUUUGCAUAUCCGGCAGUUCUCUGGUCGACCGUGGUGUAUUCGCUGUCGGUUGGCUGGCUCAUCGUGCUGUCCGAAUCGGUGGCGCAUCUCUACCAAGGCGAGGACGCCUACAACUUCACUCCGCUGCAAACGGGCUUGAUCUAUAUCUCGCCAUUCGUGGGUGGGCUCCUCGGGACGGCGGUGGCUGGCAAGGUCUCGGAUAUCAUUGUGCGGUAUAUGACUCGGCGCAAUGGCGGUGUCUACGAACCGGAGUUCCGACUGGUAAUGGCCAUCCCUAUCGGGCUGUCGACGACGGCGGGGUUGAUGGCGUUCGGCUGGAGCACGGAGGUGAAGGACUCGUGGAUCGUGCCGACGAUUUUCUUCGGGCUGAUCUCGUUUGGAUGCUGCCUGGGCAGCACGACGUCGAUUACGUUCUGCGUGGACAGCUACCGGCAAUACGCAGGGGAGGCGUUGGUGACGUUGAACUGGAGUAAGAACGUGUUUCAUGGGCUGGUGUUCUCCUUAUUUAUCGUCGACUGGCUGGACGCGAAUGGCGCGCGGACGGUGUUUCUUGCGUUGGGAGGGAUCCAGCUUGGCUGUUUGCUAUUUUCGAUACCGAUGUACAUCUACGGGAAGCGGGCUCGCAUGUGGACGGUGCGCACGCGCCUGAUGGAAAAAUUUUGA